AGUGUACUUUUGUGAAAAACGAGCAAAGGAUCACCUUGAAAAUGGUGCGCAAGCCGUCGCGCUUGCCUCCAGGGCAGCAGUCAGUGGAGGAAGUUCUACUUAACCGUUUGGCGAAUGGAGAAAGCGCCACACCCACGACCCGCUCCUCUACUGCGCAGCCCCCUUUCGACGCAACUCGACGUUCUCAGACAUCGACGGCACCACGAGGAACUAUCGCCGAUCGGAGUUGGUCGGGUAGCAGUCGUGCAGCAGCCCACGUGUCUACAGCCCCGGCUGGAAUUGAGUCGAAGUCAACUGUAGGAGCGCCGCCACCCAUGUCGAUGGAGUUUAUGCAGCAAAUGUCAAGUGAGAUUGCAAACCUCGACCAGCGUUUGCAGCGCGUAGCAACGAAUUUGGCCUUAGCUCCAAGUCGUGGAACGGAAAAGAGGUCAGCGAAGUCGUCGAACGAUCAACGCAACGUUCAUCAACUGGGGAUUGAAACGUUCUUGCAAAAUAGUAUACAUGAAGUCGCGAACGCGCACAAAUCUGGUGGAAAUGAGGAUCAAGUACGACGGCCGACAUCAGUGAACCCGAAGGCCAGUGCUCAAGUGACCUACAGUGUACGGGACAUCCGCUCAACAGUGCGGCGUCUGGACAAGGUUUUCCACGAAGUAGCUUCAGGCGACAAGCAGCGCCAUCUAGCCGCUACAAAGAUAUCAAUGAUGUGUCGAGGGUUUGUAGUCCGCCGUAGAUACCAGAAAUUGCAGAUAGCUCUAGGAGGAUGGCGAUCUCGAAAGUGCGUCCCCUUUCUGACGUCCAUUGAGGAAUUUGCAGCACGCGAAGAGUUUGUCAACAAGCAGAUUACAAUCAUGCAAGAAGAGCGAACUCGGUCUUUCUUGCGUCGUGUGUUGGCUGAAAUACGUGAUGUAGUACUCAUGAACUUGCCAGUGAAGAUGGCUCGGCUCGAAGAAACGGAGCAUCGUUUUCGGGAAAGACAACGCAAUUUAUUGAAAUACGUUUUCCUACCGUGGAAAUCAGCAGCUUUAGGACCUCGAAGCCGAAAAAGAGCUUCAGCGGAUGCCAGAGCACGCCAUUAUGCAGCCCGACAACGACUUGAAGCCAUGGAACGAUUCGAUCUGAUCACCCAGGAAAUGGUGCAUGAAGAGUUUCUCAAAGACAACAUCCGUCGAAUUCGUACUCGACAUCCAAUGCACGUACUCAAGCGAUUCUUCCACUUGAUGAAGGGCAUAGUAUUCGUCCCAAUGAAGAAGAACAUGGAAGUCGCGAUUGCCCACGAUUAUCGGAAAACCCUCAAGCGUGUCAUGGACGAAUGGGUAAAGGUCUUUCGAGCGACACAAAUCGAUAAAGCCAUCGCAAGCGCCGUUGAGCAGCGCACUCUUGAGCGGUAUGAUCAGCACUUUAAUCUUCGAAAGAUCGAUGCUCACUAUCGACGAACACACAUGCUCAAGCAUCUACGUGCGUGGUUAAAGCAUUGUCAGCUUAUUCGUAGAGUUCGACGGCUCUUUGAGGGGAGCACGAAGGAAACAUUGGCUUGGCUCACGAAGCGCUGGCGUGUUCGAGCUCAAUAUCAACACGCUUUACGCGAAAAUGCCGUGGAGGAAUGGCACGCGUAUUCACGGCGCAUUUAUACGAUUCCGUUUCGACGUUGGUACGUUUUCAUGGCUCGCAGACGCGCAGCACGCGCGGCAAAGGAGAGUAUUUGUGUUGCUUACGAGCGGCGUCAACGACGCCAUAUCAAGUACAAUUUCUUCCGGUUGUGGAAGCACCAAGUGCUAUUUGGCCACAUUGAAGGUCUGCAUUCAAAGGUUCACUUACUACGUAGUCUUGAGGAUCAGAAGCGCAUGUGUCUUGGAUUAGAAGCCAAUGCAGCGCUUUACAGGGAUAAUAUCGCAGCUUUACAGGCUUCAAUCGUGCAAUUAGAGGACAAACUCAAGGAAAAGCAGCAAGAGCUCGCUCAAUUGCACGAGACGACGCAAGCUACACGGUUUGGUAUCCACCAGGCAGAACAGAGUAUUGCUCGAGUGCAGGGCAUGCUGGAAGCCGUGAGAGUUGUUCAUCCUGGUACAGUGGAGCGCAUCGAGACGAUGUACAGGGACAACCCGCUGCUCUCGAAAGACCUUAAGGACGUCAUCACUCUUCACGCCAACAAGAGACGAGAACUUUUAUCGAAAAUUGAGUUGGAUCGAACGGAACUUGAGGUGCAGAAUGCUUCAAAGGGGGCAGGAACCCAAGAAGACCAAAUGCUGUUGCAUAGAGUGAAGUGGGUGCUCUCUCGCUUAGAUCUAGGUAUGCAUGAACAAAGCGGUAACAACCAACACGACACGAGAAUGAACGGUAAUCGCGUGGAAACUAUGAACCAGCUCUGCGCUUUGUUCGAGUUCAUCCGAAAUGGAGACACUGCGCCGCUAGCACCGGCAAACAAUCCAGAGCAUAGCGAGCAAGUGCAAUGCGGUAAACCAAUAGGCUCCAUGUUGCGUAUUGGCAACUCCGACGAUGGUAUCGUUCGUCGUGUCGAUAUCAUGGACGACUCCAACUCGUGGCAUUCGUUCUUGCAGUCGUUGGUGAUCAAGUUCGUGCCAGAUAAUUUAUUGUCGGUCAAGGAGCGUCUUGUGCGUCGUGCAGCUGAAAUGGAUGCCGAAAUCGCUGAGAUCAAAGCUAACCCACAACUCCAUCAUCUGUACAGGUAGGCAGCAAGUUUCAAAGACUUCAACAAAUACAGAGAGUAUAGCACAUGAACGGAUUUCUCCUUAAUGAACGAGCGAACGGAAGUCAAAGUGGGGGAAGCACCUGAUUCCAUCCACCUUUGUUCUAUCUAGCCCUGCCGAC